GAUAUGCUAACAUUUCAGACCGAGAGCCAAGAAGAAGUAGAAGCAGCGUUUGUUUACAUCGCAAAUCUUUUGAAAAUAAAUCGUACAUCGCGCUAAUUUGUCUAAAAUUCUGUGUAUUUUCCAAAAUCUCACUCUCCUGCCCAAUGUCGGAAGAGGAUUAUACAACAAAGAUUACCCGUGAGGAUGCUUGCUUAAAUCGAACAGCAGACGAUGAUGAGGACGACGAUGAAGGCGAGGAGAUCACAGCGCAAAAAGUUUUAGAGUUUCUCGAGACGGCGUGGACCAAUGAAAUGUGUGCGCCAGACAUAUUGCAACAUCAGAGUGAUAUGUUGGAACUGAUGAUGGGCCAGUUGGCACACAUGGAGGAAAACAUGAAAGACCUGGACAAAAACGACUUUCGAUUUGUCGUGCAUCAAAUGGAACUGGAACGGAUACGUUAUGUGAUGGCCAGCUAUCUAAGGUGUCGUUUGCAAAAAAUUGAAACAUAUACCAAACACCUACUCAAUGAAGAAUCCACUCGAAGUGCCGAAGAAAAGCGUUUGUCGCCAGAAGAAACGAAAUUUGCCCAGGAAUACUAUGAAAAUAUGGAGGAAUGUUUCCAGCAAAUUGCACUUCAAUAUAUGCCGAAUACACAGCGAUCUGAGGCAGAUCAAAGGAUAGUAAGGCCUAAUUUAAUGAGUCAUGUGUUUGUCAAGGCAAACGUUUCAGUACCUGCUGUUGUUGUUGGUGUGGAUGACGAGGAAGUGGAUUUGGCUGCCGGUUCCCAACACAUUAUACCGUAUCAACUGAUUGCUGAUCUUAUACAAAAACAUCAAGUACAAUUGAUUUAAAUUUGGCUUCGAUUUAUGUCAUAUAAAGUAAAACCCACCAUUACAAAAAUUGUAUUGCUAUUUAUAACGAAA